CUUUGAAUUGCCUUAUCUCAACCAACUUUUCAACUUCAACUCGUUUGGCAUUUUAGUCUACAUGUUCAGACCAAUAGACAAAUAAACUGAGAACUCGUCACCGAUGCACAGACUCUAUUUUCAGUCACUACAGUAUAGGCUGGCACUAUGUCUAAGAUGAUGAGAGCGAUAUAUCUGACACAAGCAGAAGGAAAACUUGAGCUGAUGCAGUGUGAAGCUCCUAAAGCUGUUAAACCAACAGAUGUACUCUUGAAGAUCCCUUGUGCCGGAAUUUGUGGGUCUGACCUCCACUUUAUUAAGAAUGAGUUCAAGGUCAAAGAUAAGGUCAUUCUUGGGCAUGAGUUUGCUGGGACAGUGGUCCAAGUUGGCGAUGGUGUAACUAAUGUCAAAGUUGGAGAUCGAGUUGCUUCAAAUGUAGGGGGACAUUGCCACAAGUGCCGCUACUGUCAUCGGGGUAAGGCAAACCUAUGUCCAACGGGAGGCGUUAUGAAUGCAAAUGGAAUCUUUCGGGAUGGCGCAUGGGCCGACUUUUGUCUUGUGGAAAGCUCACAGUUGUUCAAGUUGUCAGAUGAGAUUACGUUUCAAACUGCCUGUUUGAUGGAACCGAUGUCGUGUAUCCUCAACAGUUUCUCGAUCUUAAGCCCUCUGGUCGAUUCUGCGUUUAUUCUGGUUGCAGGCAGUGGCAUCAUCGGAUUGUUACAAGCGUCUAUGUUGCAUUACAAAGGAUUCCGUAAUAUCACAAUAACUGAACCAAGUGCGGGUCGUCGAGAUAUAGCCAUUAACCUUAACCUUAGCGGCGUGAAGGUUGCACAGCCAAGUGACAUCAUUGGCCAGUUCAAAGAUGUGGAUACCGCACUCAACGGCUUCGACAUGAUUAUCGACUGCACAGGAAAUCCAGAAGCGAUAGAGGAAUACUACCCAUUGCUGAGCCGCGGCGCAACAUAUAUUGUGUUUGGAAUAUGCCCCUCGGGAUCAAAAACCACAAUUGAUCCACACGAAAUUAUCACUAAAGAGACAAAGAUCAUGGGCACUUUUGGAGAGCACAAUAACUAUAUCGAUGCCGUGGCACUGGUUCAAAACAUGGCUGCCGAUGACGACACUAUGUCUAAGAUGAUGAGAGCGAUAUAUCUGACACAAGCAGAAGGGAAACUUGAGCUAGUACAAUGUGAAGCUCCUAAAGCUGUUAAACCAACAGAUGUCCUCUUGAAGAUCCCUUGUGCUGGAAUUUGUGGGUCUGACCUCCACUUCAUUAAGAAUGAUAUGAAGGUCAAAGAAAAGGUCAUCCUUGGGCAUGAGUUUGGUGGAACAGUGGUCCAAGUUGGCAACAGCGUAACUAAUGUCAAAGUUGGUGAUCGAGUUGCCUGUAAUCCAUUAGGAUGCCAUUGUCAUCAUUGUCGCUUCUGCCAUGGGGGAAAGCCAAAUCUGUGUCCAAAAGGAGGCAUUGCGUAUGCAAAUGGGGUCUUCCGCGAUGGUGCCUGGGCCGACUUUUGUCUUGUGGACAGCACACAGUUGUUCAGGUUGUCUGAUGAGGCUACGUUUCAAACUGCUUGUUUGAUGGAGCCGAUGGCAUGCAUCCUGAACAGUUUCUCGAUCUUAAGCAUUUUGGUCGAUUCUGCGUCUAUUCUGGUUGCAGGUAGUGGCAUCAUCGGAUUGUUACAAGCGUCUUUGUUACAUUACAGAGGAUUCCGUAAUAUCACAAUAACUGAACCAAGUGCGGGUCGUCGAGAUAUUGCUAUAAACCUUAAGCUGAAUGGUGUGAAGGUUGCACAGCCAAGUGACAUCAUUGGCCAGUUCAAAGAUGUGGAUACCGCACUCAACGGCUUCGACCUGAUCUUUGACUGCACGGGAAAUGCAGAAGCGAUAGAGGAAUACUACCCAUUGCUGAGCCGCGGCGCAACAUAUCUUGUGUUUGGAAUAUGCCCCUCGGGAUCAAAAACCACAAUAGAUCCACACGAAUUGUUUGCUAAGGAGACAAAGAUCAUGGGCGUUUGUGGUGAGCGCAAUACCUACAUCGAUGCCGUGGCACUAAUUCAAAACAUGGCUGCUGAUGGGAAACUCGAUUUAGAAAAGUUGGGUGUGAAAAUGUUUCCCUUCGAAAAUUAUGAAACAGCACUUUCAGAAUUGGAAAGAGGAAUUAUUUCCAAAGCCAUAUUGACAUUAUAAGUCCGGGUUAUAACUAUAAUGAGCGAUAUCUCUGAAGAGACAGUACAUACCGAACGGCAGCCGUAGCAUCCCAAAUCGAGAGAAAUAUGCAGCACAAAAUAUAGGGAUAUGCGAUAUGAUGUAGAUUUUGUAGAUUGAAUUUAGUGAAGCUACGACCACAGUACACCCUGUAGGGUAAAUGUGAAUGAGGCUUUACCAUUUGACCUGCAUAAGCACUUUGCUUGUUAUUCGCAAUAAUACUAUUUAUAGAUUCUUACUCAACUAUGAAAUUAAUCAGCUUGUCGCUUUUAGUAGUUUCACUAGAAUCUAAAAGUCACCUUGGAAGGGUUGUUGGUAAUAUAAUGCAUUGCAGUAAUAUGAAAUAGCAGCC